AUGCAGCUGAUUGAGGAGACGUCGAGCCGAAUUGAGAUCCAGGCCAUCCUCUCUGGCUACUACAGGCGCAUUCUGGCCACCAAUGGACCACUAUUGCACGAGGUGGUGAGCAUGUGUGUUGCUGCACCGUAUCCACCGUAUUCCGCCCUGGAAAUGAACGUAGGCGACUCGACUGUCCUAGGAAUCAUCAGAGAGAGCACCUCUCUCGAUCUGAGGCAGAUCAGGGCUGAGUUCCAGAAAAGAGGGGACUAUGGCUCAAUAAUUUUAGACCACAAGAAAACAGGGAAUUUGAACAGUUUCAUACGGGUGAAAGAGAGGGCACUUGGGGUGAGUGACGUCUUUGGGCUGAUGCGAGGACUCUGUCGGAUGACUGGCAAGAACUCAUCAGCCGAGAAGAAGAGGGCCAUUCUGGCCGUGAUACGGGGGUGUACGCCAAUUGAGUCGAAGUUUCUGAUCAGACUCCUUGAGACCAAGUUGAAGGUUGGUUUGGCACUGCAGACUGUUCUGGUUGGAUUAGCAACUGCCUUCUCUGCCGAUCCAGGGCUGAUCAAGGAGGCGUACAGCAAGAGACAGGAUUUCGAGUACCUUGUGAAUCAGAUGAUCAAAAACAGGGGUGAUUUUGAGUCAAUGGAAAUUGGGGUUGUGCCAGGGAUUCCACUUCGACCGAUGAUGGCCAAGGCCACGACUGACGCAGAGAGGGCGACAUCCACGUUCGAGGGCAUCCUGGGCGAGUUCAAGUACGACGGAGAACGAGUACAAAUCCAUGGAGGGUGUGGUAGUCAAAAUGGUAGUUAUGAAAAUGGUAACCAAAUUAGUAACUAUGAAAAUGGUAGUCAAAUUAGUAACUAUGAAAAUGGUAACUACGAAAAUGGUAACCACUACAACCACAACUGUGAAGUGCAUCCCCUAACCAAAAUAUUCAGCCGAAACAACGAGGAUAUCAGCGAGAAGUACAGGGACGUAGCAGGGGUGAAGCUGAGUGACUGCGACUUCAUUCUUGAUGGAGAGGUGGUGGCGUACUCAAAUGGUCGAAUUCAGCCAUUUCAGGUGCUGAGCACCAGAAAGAGGAAGAACGUGGGUGAAAUAGCAGUUGGUGUCUGUGUCUUUGCAUUUGACCUGAUCUACUACGACGGACAGGAGCUGCUUGAUCUGCCGCUGAAGGAGCGUCGUGAGAUUCUCAGGGCCAACUUCACUGAGAUUCCCGGGGUGUUUCAGUUCGCUGAGGGCGCUCUCUUCGAAAAGGAGGCGACUGACAAAAUGAUGGUGCUGUUUGGGAAGUCGGUUGAAUCUGGUUGCGAGGGACUGAUGCUGAAGGACACUGAUACGCCCUAUAGGCCGUCUCACCGAUCAAACAGGUGGAUCAAGUUGAAGAAGGACUACUUGGAUGGAUUGGGUGAUUCAGUUGAUUUGGUGGUGAUGGGGGCGUACUACGGGAGAGGAAGAAGGGCGGGACUCUACGGUGGGUUUCUCCUUGGCGUCUACAACGACGAGAAUGAGACGGUUGAGGCCUGUUGCAAGAUUGGAACUGGAUUUGAUGAUGAGAUUCUUAGGCAGAUUAAAAAUGAGUUGAAAACAGGGGGAAGAAGCAAGAGAUUCGUGGUGAAGGAGGAUCCAGACGUGUUCGUGGAGGAAGGGACUGUCUGGGAGGUGAAGGCUGCCUCCAUUUCCGAGUCACCCGUCUACGCAGCUGGAGCCACCCUGUUGGAGAGGGGACUCAGUCUCAGGUUUCCACGAUUUGUUCGAAUUAGAUCAGAAAAAGGAGUCACUGAUGCCACGACAACUCAACAGCUGAUACGGAUGAAACAGGAUGCAAAUGAGUCAGGGUCAGACGAAUGGAAUUGA